AUGGACGACUCCUCUUUUGGCCCGAGGUUACUCGACCGCUUCGAUUUCACACUCGUUUUUGAGCAUUCCAUGUUCUAUAUCGCGCCAGCCUCUAUCAUCAUAUUUUCGACACCCUACUACGCUUACACAAUCUUUCGAGGUACUCCUAUCGUACGCUCAGGGAUUUUGCUGUGGCUGAAGCUCGCCUGCGUCGCUGCUUUAAUUGGCAUACAUAUCUCCGACGCCGUGCUUUGGUCAAGUUCACCACUCGCUUCCGAAGUCUCCAAGGCAGCUACCCUACUCUCCUGUAUUGCAGCCGUCUGCGUUGCCAUUCUCGUUUACGCCAGUCACGUUUAUUUCUUACAGCCACGAGUAUUUCUCGGCUUUUUCCUGUCCGCCACUAUGCUCUUCGACAUCGCAACCACCCUCACGUACUUCAACCGACCCGACCUUCACACGAUUGCCCGACUCCAUAUCCCGAUCCCUGUCCUCAAGUUUGGCAUCAUUUGUCUUGAAGAGGUCUCUAAACGAAGACUGAUUCGUUCGGAAGCUCUGAGGGCCACGCUUGGAGACGACGCUUUGGCAGGAUUUUGGAAUAACUCGUUAUUGAUAUGGGUCAACUCGGUCCUCCUACUUGGUUUCCGGAGCGAUAUUACCGUGGCUUCUUUGCCGAGCCUCGGGCUCGAAUUCCAGUCCGAAUCGCUCUACGGGGACUUCUCAGCUCAGUGGGAUAAGGUUAGCAGAGAUUCUAGAUGGGCUUUACUAAAGGCCUGUGUCCGUACCAUACCUUGGCCAUUUUUAUAUGUCGUGCUGCCGCGACUGUUCAGGAUUGGCUUCGAUUUCGCGCAGCCAUUUCUGUUGCAAGACAUUGUCAACACAGUUUCUUUACCCGCUGAGCCGUCAACGGAUGUAAUGCGAGGACUCAUACUUGCAACCGCCACUGUUUAUAUCGGCAAAACUGUAUCUCGAUCUUGGUAUGGUCUCAUUCAAAUCCAGAUGUUAAUGUCCAUUCGAGGCAUCCUUAUCAGUGCUAUUUAUCAAAAGUCGCUUAAACUCGGCAAGGAUGCUUUGGAAGCCGAGGCCGCGGUCACACUUAUGACUGCUGACACAGCUGGGGUGAACAGGCUUGUAUCGCUGUCCUACAACAGCUGGGCGCAAGUACUGGAAAUUAGUGCUGGGGUUGCUAUCUUAGGCGCCUUUGUUGGUGCCGCCACCCUCUUCACUAUCAUCCCGAUCAUCAUAACCACUGUUUGGUCUGCACAUGUUGCAAGCAAACUGAUGUUGACGUGCACAAUUUGGAAUGAGCAUAUCGAGGCUCGAGUAGCGGCGACAUCAAAUAUUCUGGCACAAAUCAGAGACAUCAAAAUGCUGGGUUUGACGCCUCUGUUGUUUGGACGUGUGCAACGACAAUUUGAUGAUGAAGUUGAUAUCGCAAUGACAUAUCACAAGCAGACGGCAGAAACACUCGGUAUAUCUGCCAUCGCCGAACUGUUAACACCUGUCGUGGUUGUGGCAGCUACUGUGUUCUGGACUAGAUCCACGGAACCAAUCACUGCAGCACGACUCUUUACAACCCUUGCUGUUGUAACUCUGAUAACAAGUCCACUGUUUUCCCUUAUACACUCCUUCGGAAAUUAUUCCGGUGGUCUUGCUUGCCUGGAUCGCAUCCAGGCGUAUCUAAAUUUGGCUGAGAGUGCAGAUCCCCGCACAGUUUCUGAGCAAGAUAAUUCAAUGGAGCAGCAAGAACCCAUUCGUGGUGUCCCUGCACUGUCUGUAUCAGGACUGAGAAAUCGCCGUGCUACCCCCACUACUCUUGUUGUCUUCGCUGUCCAGAUUGCACGAGUAUCUGUCUCCACGGACUUGUCAGGCCCCAUCUUGACCGACAUUACCAUGGAUGUGCCGAUGGGCGGCAUAACCAUGAUUCUUGGUCCUGUCGGAUGCGGCAAAUCCACGUUGCUGAGAACGCUUCUCGGCGAAACCAAAUUACGAUGCGGCACCGUGAAACUCGCUUCACGCUCCACUGCCUACUGCGGUCAGGUGCCCUGGAUCGAAAACGACACGAUCCAAGCCAAUAUUCUUUGUGGCAGACCAUUCAGCGUUGCGCUGUACCGUAAAGUCGUAUUCAUUUGCGCGCUAGACGCCGAUAUUGCUCGGCUGCCUGGCCGCGAUCAAACAAUGGCCGGAACUGACGGCUGUAACCUCAGCGGGGGGCAGAAGCAGCGAAUUUCUUUGGCUCGCGCAUUAUACUCUCAAGCUGAGUUGAUUAUCCUCGACGAUGUGUUGAGGGGCUUGGAUAGGGAGACCUCUUCCACAGUUCGAACUCGCCUCUUUUCCGAGAGCGAUAUUCUGGAAUCUGGCGUGUGUACAAUUAUCAUGGCUACCAGCACGACAGAACACCUUGUCGAUGCUGAGUUCGCGUACGAGAUGGAUGAGGAAGGCAGAAUCGAUUUGUUUGCCAAUCGCGAGCGUGAGCGCGAGAAUCGACGUCGAGUUGAGAGCCAGCGCCCAACCCAACCACAAGCAAGCGCAUCGGCCGCCAAUGCGCCAUCCAACCUGGUGAACAAUGCAGAAUCCAGCGGCGCUGAAGCAACAUCGUACGAACUUCCCGAGGCCGAACCGGCUCCGGACAAUACUCUCCGAGACAAUUUGUCAAGCAAGAAAUACGGCGACUGGACACUGUACAAAUAUUUCCUCUCGCCUGCUGGCUUCUAUAACCUCGCCUUCUGCACUCUGACGAUAGCAAUUGCAGCUCUCUCAGACAGAAUGCCGCCAAUAUUUGUUCGAUUGUGGUUAGACCGUGACCCCCAAAAUCGGCUUUACUUCAUCGGUUUCGCGCUGUUGAGCGCUGUUGGUCCUGCUCUCUACUACGCCACACCCAGGGUCCUCUAUAAUUCCAUGAUCCGAAAGGCAGCUCCAGCAUUGCACCGUGAUCUCCUAUCGACUACUGGUAGCGCUACAUUCGAGUUCCUCAUGAACGAGGAUGCAGGGUCUUUGCUCAAUCGCUACAGUCAAGAUAUCUCAAUGGCGACACAACAACUGCCUGAGAGUAUUCAGCCCGUCAUAUGGGCCCUAUUUACCCUUUUUAUCGACGUCGGCAUCAUCUGCUCUGGCGCCACUUAUGCCGUUCCUAUCAUACCGUUCUUUAUUCUCGCUCUCUUCUUGCUCCAGCAUUUCUAUCUACGAACCUCCCGCCAGCUGCGAAUCUUGGAGCUAGAUUCUUCAAAAGCCCUCAUCCGCCAUUUCACAGAGAGUGGCACUGGAAUUGAGCAUAUCAGAGCGUUUCAACGCGAGGAAGAAUUCAGCGCUCGACUCUUUCGCAUGCUGAAUGAAACACAAAAACCAUAUUACUCAUUAUAUUCCAUCCAGCUAUGGCUCACUUCAGUUCUGGAACUCAUAACAGCGGUGGCUGCUGUUUCUGUCGUUUCCAUAGCGUUGAACUUCAGAAAUUCAACGUCAGCUACGGCCAUGGGUCUCGCACUCCUGAACCUGGUUUCAUUCAGUGAGUUCACUGGCGGCUCUAUCCGAUGGUUUAUCGACAUGGAAAACCAGUUCGGCGCUGUGGCUCGAAUUCGAGACUUCAAAAGACAGACACCAACUGAAAAGGAUGGAGAUGGCUGUGAGGACGUCCCAGCGCAGUGGCCAGAGUCUGGUAGUAUUAACUUCAACUGCGUGAGUGCUGUGUACAAACCAGAAAGUGAAAAACCCCAUUUGGCUCUUGAGAAUAUCACGGUCAACAUUCAGCCUGGACAGACUCUCGGACUGAUAGGCCGAACGGGAAGUGGUAAAACGUCGGUCCUGCUCGCCUUGCUUCACCUUUUGGAAUAUACGGGCAGCAUUUAUAUUGACGGUCGCGAGCUUCGUACUGUACCGCGCCAGCUGCUCCGGACCCGUAUCACUACGAUCACGCAAGCCGGUCUAAUACUAAAAGCUUCCGUUCGGUUCAACAUAGAUCCAUUCGAGUUCACCUCUCGCCCGGGCAACUUCCCCACGGACGACACACUCGCCGGAAUUUUACGCCGGGUUGGGCUUUGGGACUAUGUCGCUCAACAUGGAGGUUUGGAUGCUCCCAUGAAGGCAAUGAAGUUCUCAAUCGGACAAGGGCAGCUGUUCCAGCUCGCUCGUGCUAUAUUACACAAGCAAAUCACUCGAUCCAGCGUUGUUUUGAUUGAUGAGGGUACUGCCAGUAUGGAUCAGGAGACAGAACAACGAAUGUACCACUUGAUCGCCGAGGUUUUUGCAAACUGCACCAAGGUCAUCAUAAGUCAUCGGGAGACAAUGCUCACUCGGGUCGACGUCGUGUUAAAUCUAACAGAUGGUAGAGGAGAAGUCUACCGGACACAGGGGGCAGCCAACUAA